AUGGAUGGGCGGGCCGUCAGAGCGCACAGCCGCUCCGCCUCCAAGGCGUUGUGGAAGGAAGGAUCACACAGUGGAAGGAGACUGCAUUAAAAAGGCGAUAAACAAGCAUCUAUGUAUGUAUUUUAGGAAAAAAAAAUAAUGCGAUCGCGCCGGCUAUAAGCUUCUAUGUAUAACAGGAUGUUAGUGCUGGAACUGUAUUAAUGCGUUGUGCGCUCUGGAGCAACGAACACCAACCAGCCAGCGCGUCAAAGAAAUCAGAGAUCUCUGGGCGACUUGUGUUUACACAGGAGCCAUCCAAAGCCACGUUUUAGCACGCUUUGGUUGGGACAGUACAGUACGGGACUUGUUUGGCAUUUUGAGUCACUGCCCAUGCAAACAGUGGAAGCUGCGAAUACAUGCCCAUAUAAGUGAAUUUGAAGGAAAAACUGUCCAUCUAAGAGAGAUUGUUGGGGUAUCAUGGAGCGUCGCAGCUGAUCGACAGGGGAAUGCUCCAUCGGCAUUGAAAGUAGUCUUUUAUAGUCGCCGCAUCGCUGUCAACGAGAACGGAAAAGUGUCUGCUCGGGUUCGACAUGGAGAGUCCGGAUGAGAGAGAGAGCAGCAGCAGCAGCAGCCCUCCGAGGUUCGCUCUGACGUACAUCGGCUGGUCGUCGCUCGACAGGCGGACCACGCUGCCCAUGCUGCCGUGGCUGGUGGCUGAGAUAAGGAGAAAGAGCGAGAGAGGCGACUGCGGCCCCGUGGUGCAGCCGAGAGACGUCCAGCUGGUCCUCAACACACCCUUCGUCCGAUGCGUCCCAUCCAGCAGCAACAACUCCUCUGUUUUUAUAUUCGAGCACAAAGCGCAGCUCAUCUCGCGCUUCAUACACAACAGCAAUGACCUCUCCUAUUUCGCCUAUCUCAUGCGAGGGCAGCCAGACAACCCGGAGUCCGAGAUGUCCUGUCACGUCUUCAAGGCCUGCGACCCCAACCAGGUCCCCGAGGUGGUCAGCAGUAUUCGCCAAGUGUCCAAAUCAGCUCUAAAGGAAGACGCCAAGCCAAAACAGGAAGCAGAAGAGGCCUUCUACAACUCCCAGAAGUUUGAAGUGCUUUACUGUGGCAAGGUGACGGUUCUGCACAAAAAGGCUCCAGCCACCCUCAUCGAUGACUGCAUCGAAAAGUUUCAUCAGCACGAGGUCGAGCGCAAGCGCCUGCGACUGCUCAACGGCCAGCGAGGGUCCACGGACACUGCCCCGGUGGAGUUCCUCAUUGGGGAAGAUGGAGACCCACUCUCUUCCGUUCUGAAUCAGAGUAUAGGAAACCCCCAAAGCCCUGGCGUGGAAGACAUGACUGGAGGUAAAGGCCUGCCUAACAGUGCCAGCCAGAGCAGCCUGCGGGGAGCUUUCCCCGAGUGCAUCCUGGAGGAUUCUGGGUUCGAGGAGCCCCAAGAGUUCCGUGCGCGCUGCAGCAGCCUGGCGGGGGGUAUGCAGAGGAAGCCGGGGGAAGGCGUCAUCAUGGGUCCCACGCGCCGCAGACACUCGAGCGCACCGAACCACGUUCAGCCAUCCGAUUCAGACAAGAACCGCACCAUGCUCUUCCAGGUCGGCCGUUUUGAAGUGAAUCUCAUAAGUCCAGACAGUAAAACGGUGGUGCUGGAGAAGAACUUCAAAGAUAUCUCAUCAUGCUGUCAGGGUGUCAAGCAGUCCGACCAUUUUGGAUUCAUCUGUCGGGACCCGUCAGAGUCCGGUCCCAGUCAGUACGUGAGCUACGUUUUCCAGUGUGCCAGCGAGUCCCUGGUGGAUGAGGUGAUGAUGACCCUGAAGCAGGCCUUCACUACAGCAGCAGCCUUACAGAGCAACAAGACCCCGGUCCAGCUGUGUGAAGCCUGCCCCAUGCACGACCUGCACAAGCUCUGCGAGCGGAUUGAAGGUCUCUACCCACCCAGAGCAAAGAUAGCCAUCCAAAAAUAUCUCUCCCAGCUGACUGACAAUGAGCAGGUCGAGAUUUUUGAGCGAGUUCAGAGACUGAAGCCCGGGUCAGACCAAGAGGAGAAUGAGCUGGUGAUUCUCCAUCUGAGACAGCUCUGUGGAACCAAACAGAAGUCCCACCUCCACAUCGGAGAGGCCCUGAAUGCAGCAAACAGCUCAUCAGCAGGAGACGGCUCAGCCACCAGCAGUCGCUUCAAACUCGAUGCUCUCAAGAAUAAAGCACGCACCUCCCUCACCAACUCCCUGGAGAACAUCUUUGCAAGGGGUGCCAGCCGGAUGCGGGGCCGCUUGGGAAGCAUGGGAAGCAUCAGCAGUUUUGAAAGGCAGGAUGAGGAAUCCCCCAGUCACUCCCCUCCAGGUUCCCCUCCUCCUUCCCCUAACAACGACGACGUGGAAGCCGGCAUGCAGUUCCGUCGGCGUGCCCACACGUUCAGCCAUCCACCUGUGAAGAAACGCAUCUCCUUCGAGGGCCAGCCGGCCAGCCAGAGCAGACAGGCUCCACUACGCAGACAACAGUCUGUUAACCCUGAACUGCUGCAGAGCAGUCCCGUAGCUGUCUUGAGAACGCGCAGCGUUUCGGAGAGUGAGUCCACCUUCAGCCUCCCCUCCUCCUUCUCCGCCCCCACUUUCCUGAAAAGCAUUUACCAGGGCUCCCUGGGCUCCCUGAGCUCCCUGGCAGACAGUGGGAGCCUCAAGAGCAAUGGGGAAGACAGGAAGAGGACCCUGUCCGGCUGCAGCAGCGACUCAGUGAGCGGAGGUCUCCCUCUGACCCCACGCAGGGUCUCCUGGAGACAGAAGAUCUUCUUGAGGGUCGCUUCACCCAUGAACAAGCCGUCUGCAUCGAUGCAACACCCAGACCACCCUGAUUGCAGGGAGCUGUUGCCUCUCUCUCCUCAUGGCUUGGACUCCGGGCUGGAUCCUUUUGGGCGCCUGUUGCCGCCGGCAGGUGACCACCUGUCUGGGGAGAGGCCUAAGAGGACGGGGGCUGACUACCGGGCCCUCUGGAAGACCGCCAUCCACCAGCAGAUCCUUCUGCUGCGCAUGGAGAAGGAGAACCAGAGACUGGAGGAAGCGAGCAGGGAUGAGCUGCACAUCCGCAAGAUGAAGCUGAACUACCAGGAAGUGGGCCAGUGCUCCAAAGACUCGCAGGCGUGGUGGGAGAGAAAACUGACAGCCCCGGGCAGGACGACGGUCCCACAAGACAAGGAGGAGAUGUAUCGUGCACUCUGCCAAGGUGUUCCCAAGAGCAGGCGCGGGGAGGUCUGGUUGCUCCUUUCCCAUCAGCACCGGCUGCGUCACAGGCUGCCCCAGCGUCAGCAAGCCCCGGACAUCCCCUACCACGACCUGCUCAAGCAGCUCACCGCACAGCAGCACUCUAUUCUGGUGGAUCUAGGCCGGACCUUCCCCAACCACCAGUAUUUCUCGGCCCAGCUAGGCGCAGGGCAGCUUUCCCUCUACAACCUCCUGAAAGCCUACUCUCUGAUGGAUACAGAGGUUGGCUACUGCCAGGGCAUCAGCUUUGUGGCUGGAGUGCUGCUGCUGCACAUGAACGAAGAGCAGGCCUUCGACAUGCUGAAGUUCUUCAUGUACGACCUCGGCAUCAGGCAGCAGUUCAGACCCGACAUGGUCUCUCUGCAGGUUCAGAUGUACCAGCUCUCCAGGCUUUUACACGACUACCACCGCGAGCUGUACAAUCACCUCGAGGAGCACGAGAUCAGCCCGAGCCUCUACGCAGCGCCGUGGUUCCUCACUCUCUUCGCCUCACAGUUCCCUCUCAACUUUGUGUCCCGCGUCUUUGAUUUUGUAUUUGUCCAAGGGACUGGGGUGAUCUUUAAAGUUGCACUCUGUCUGCUGAGCAGCCGUGAGGGGGAGAUAGUGGAGUGCGACAGCUUUGAGAGCAUUGUGGACUAUCUGAAAACUACACUUCCCGCCCUCAAUCAGACACAGAUGGAGCAGACCAUGGCAAAGGUAAUGGAGAUGGACAUCUCCAAGCAGCUGCAUGCGUACGAGGUGGAGUACCACGUCCUGCAGGAUGAGAUGUUAGAGGGCGGGCCGCUGCCUGAUGACUCUGACCGGCUCGACAAACUAGAAAAGACGAAUGUGCAGUUGAAGAAACAGAACAUGGACCUACUGGAAAAGCUUCAGGCUGCACGGCAGAAGAUUCAGACACUGGAGACGAGCGUAGAGAACUUCCUUUCUCGGGAGAGCAAAAUGAAGCACAUGAUUCGUUCUCUGGAGCAGGAGAGGGCAGCUCACCAGAAGACCAUUGAACGCAUGCGCUCAUGCCUUCCCCCUGACGCCCUGACAGAUGUGGAGAUGACCCAGAUCAAAACAGGACCCAACGGGAAAGCCAAAACUGCAGCCAAGAAGCCCUGAUGGCAACCAGGGGGCUGGCUGCUCUGGGCAGAGACUGAAGUGAACAAAUGGAGACUGCUUUAGUGGAAGAAGGCUGCCGAGCUCCACGGCUAUUGUUGUUGUACAGCUGCACAAGAGUAGCAGGGUUUUUUGUAAAUGUGUGAUUGUCUGGACUCGAGACGUCGUGCAGACUGUAUGGGGAAAUAUCUCCGUGGUAUUUGUCAGCAUAUAAUGGAGCAGUGGGAGGAUGGUUUCAGUUAUAUUAGCAAACAGACUGUUCCAUCAGUGCAUCAUAGCUGCUUGUUCUGUCUCAUCUGUUUCACUGCCAGUUUGAAGGUGAGAUCGAGAUGCACAACAUCCUUCCUUAUUCAGAUCUUUUUGGUAAUCACGGGGGAAUUUUCUAGAUUGACACAAGCGAGAAAUGUGUCUGCCUCUGCAAAUCUUUUUUGAGCACUGCCUUGAUGUUUUUACUACCAGUCUCAGUAGCAACACAAAAGCAGUGAACAGAAGUUGCCUGUUGGCAAAACAGUCCUUUGGACCUCAGGUUCAACUUAUAGCCAUUACCAGUGUGUAUGAUCCCAUUGUUUUUGCGUGUCUGUGAUGGAAACUCUGCUUCAGAGUAUAGUCACAUUCAUUUCCUUUGUAUUCACUUGAAAUUCGUGAAUGUAAUUUCCCUCCAAAGAUCACUGCGAUAACGUUUUUGUUGUUCACAACAGAGACGUACACGUCUGCCAUGUCAGGCUUUAAAUUUCAGCAGACAUACAUGGUAGCUCAUCCCUCAGCACCGCGCCACUGCCUUCACGUGAGAGCUCUUAAGUACGUGCACUCGCUGCUUUUUAAGGAGGAAGUGUUUCUCCCACAGCGCAGGCAGGAUGUGAGGUCGUCUGCCUUCUCAGUUUCCUGUGUGACUGACCGCGGUGUCGCCUCGUUUUUAGCGCCGCGUUUCAGACGCUGAGGCAGAGUUCACGCUCCCCAUGGGGCAACGAGAAAAACAGACUAAAGGUGGGGGAGUGAUCUGAAUGUACAUCACAUGCUUCUGUUCUAAAACGUCUGUAUGACGGUCAUGUUUUUGUCAGCCCGAGGUUUGACAAAACUACCAGCAGCUGGUGUUGUUUGUCUCAAGAGUUCAUGACAACAUAUAUCUGCAAUUGCAUUGCUGUUCGUCACACGGACAAUUUUAUGUUUGCAGUGAAACUCAAGUGUUUAGGUGAGAGGAGAGACCAAAAGUCUCUCUUGAUACUGGGUAAUAUAUAUAUAUAUAUAUAUAUAUAUAUAGUAUAUGUUCACACACUCACAUACAACCAAGCUGUGUCUGACUGUAUGGGUAGACCAGACAGUUCAAAGAGUGUCCCUGGCUCUCUCCUCGGUUUUGUUUUAUCCCACCUCCGUGUCUGACUCACCAUCGCCAGCUCUGAUUGAAAGCAAAAACAGUCACAGGCUCGACCCCGCUUUCAUAAAACACCCUUACAAUCAAACCAAGGUGAUGUCUAUCAUGAGAAAUGUACUUACUCAGUCCUCCCGUCCUUGGCGACAUGUCGCCGUGACACAUUUGUGUCUGUUGCAGUGUAAAGUUUUUACUCUCAAACUUUAGUCCAAGCAGACAUACAGUGCAAUACGUUCAGCGAUUCUGUGUGUUUGCAUAUGCUCAGAGCACUUGCCUACUUUUGCUGAGUUACAGGAGGAGCUCCAGUUAUUCACGUGAAAAGUUUGAUAGGUUGGUCGGUAAAUCUGCCCUCACGUUCCCCGUCAUGAUGAAAUGUUCCCGUGGUAAUCGAGGUGACGCCGUAAAGGUUUGAACCUUAACUUCUCAUAAAUAAUAGAAAAAUGGUCACCCCCGAACAACAGGGGUUCUCUCAACGUGAAACAUAUCAAACAACAGAAUUUGAAAUCGGUCGAAGGAUUCUUAGGAUACAGUCCUAUGCCGCUCUCCUGCCAGUAUUUUGCUCAUUUUCAGUAUUUGUGCAUAAUAUAAAUUGGAACCAAAGAUGUGGUUGCGUUUCAAAAAUGAAUGAAAGGAAAAUGUAUGAAUUCAUCCAAAAAUGCUGUGAUGUGUUAUAUGUUAAAUAUGAUGACUUUUUUUUUUGUCACUACACCUUUUGAGCUUUCUUUAGGUAUGGACUAAGACAAAAGCUUGAAAAGAUACCAAAUAUUGGCAGUAAAAACUUGACACUUAAAAAAAAAAGAAGACAAUUGGCAGACUUGUUUACUCAUCAUUCUCUUUGUAUUCCUUUGUGCCAAAAAUACACGAUGGCCUUUAUUCUCCAUUAAUCGGAGAUGUGAGAUCAUUUUGUCAAUAUCUAAUGUUAUGCACAUCCUCGUGGUCAGCAAAAGGUUUUUAUUUUACAUCAGGUGCUCCGAUUCCUGACUACUAAAUAGUGCUUGUAUCAGUGUGUUUUUAAGGAAAGACACUUAAUAAUAAAUGGAUUGUUUUUCUCUGUCAACAUGAGGGCUACACAAAAACAAAGACACUGUCAUGAGUUCUUCAAUAAACUUCACCUUGCCUUGUU